CUUGGUGAACUUGGACUCUGUGUUCAGUCGGGAACCUCUCUCCCUCCAGCACCAUGUCUUACAACUUCUGCCUGCCCAACCUGAGCUUCCGCUCCAGCUGCUCCUCCAGGCCCUGCGUGCCCUCCAGCUGCUGUGGUACCACCCUGCCCGGGGCCUGCAACAUCCCUGCCAAUGUGGGCAGCUGCAACUGGUUCUGCGAGGGCUCCUUCAAUGGCAAUGAGAAGGAGACCAUGCAGUUCCUGAAUGACCGGCUGGCCAGCUACCUGGAGAAGGUGCGGCAGCUGGAGCGGGAGAACGCGGAGCUGGAGAGCCGCAUCCUGGAGCGGAGCCAGCAGCAGGAGCCCCUCGUGUGCCCCAACUACCAGUCCUACUUCCAGACCAUCGAGGAGCUCCAGCAGAAGAUCCUGUGCAGCAAGUCUGAGAAUGCCAGGUUGGUGGUACAGAUUGACAAUGCCAAGCUGGCCUCAGAUGACUUCAGGACCAAGUACGAGACAGAGGUGUCCUUGAGGCAGCUGGUGGAGGCAGACCUGAAUGGCCUGCGUAGGAUCCUGGAUGAACUGACCCUGUGCAAGUCUGACCUGGAGGCCCAGGUGGAGUCCCUGAAGGAGGAGCUGAUCUGCCUCAAGCAGAACCACGAGCAGGAAGUCAACACCCUGAGGAGCCAGCUGGGAGACCGCCUCAACGUGGAGGUGGACGCCGCCCCCACUGUGGACCUCAACCGCGUGCUCAACGAGACCAGGGCUCAGUAUGAGGCCUUGGUGGAGACCAACCGCAGGGACGUGGAGGAAUGGUACAUCAGGCAGGUGAGCAGCUCAGCACGUGGUCUCCCAGGACNAUAUUUGUAA